GUCAGCCAUCUUGGAGGAGCGCGCAGUUUACACAAUACACGAUAAACAUCCGUCUGAUUUGAAUAAUUGUACGCUGUUAAAUCUGAUUUGAAUGUGACUUUUGUGGGCAAUUUUGAUGAUAGUAUGUCGGACACUGUCAAAAUAAAGCCAAUCUACAGGGAUGGACUCGAUCCAAGUGAUAAAGUGCGGUAUGAAAAUAAACUCGCUAUCGUUGGCGGAGUAGAUCCGUACGAGUGCAAAGAACAAUGGUCUGAAGAUGUUGGUAUUUUACCAUCUGUUACCUAUCCAGACAUUGUAAAUUAUUUGAUUUUCACCCCUAGUCGCUUCAAGAUUGACGACUUGAAAGCUUGGAAGUCUCUGGAAGCUGUAAACCAGUUGUGCUCUGGAUGGGUUCGAGACAGGGUAGCCAUCAGCAAAGGACAGCAUGUGAUAGUAAAAACUAAGGUCUUUCACUCGCAGCGAUUACGGGAGAAGCCAUUGCAGCCAUGGGUGAUUGCCAAACCUGACGGAGUUGUAGCUGCCGCCCAUUGCGACUGCAUGGCUGGUCUUGGCGAGGCCUGCACCCAUGUAGCUGCUCUUCUCUUCUCGAUAAUGGCAGCCGUGGAAGUCAGAGACUCCGCUACAGCAACAGAGGGUCCCUGUAAAUGGAAGCCACCAUUGACCAGCAAAACUGUUCAUUACAAGGAGGUCAGCGACAUUGAUUUCACGUCAAAGAAAUUGGCAGCGCGGAAGCUGAUGGAUACAUCGGAGAGUGUAGCUACACCAACUGUGCGCAGAGCAAAUGUCACAAAAGCUACAGAAUCAGACUUCCUUGCAUUCUGCGAACAGGCAAGUAAGUUGAAAAGAAAACCAGCUCUACUUUCUGUGGUUGAGCCUUACGCAGACAGUUUUAUUCCGACCGCUGAUAAAAAGGACCUGCCCAAGCCUCUAACAGAUCUGCGAAACCCGGAGUUGAUCGGCAAGGACAUUGAAACGGUGAAAAAACAUUGUGAGGUUGUAACAAUUUUGUGUUCUUCCAUCCAAGCAGCUAAUGUGGAGGAAGAGACAAGAGGCCAGGCCAAAUCUUCGCUUUGGUUUCAGUUAAGAGCUGGUCGAAUCACAGCAUCAAAAGCAAAAGCUGUGUGUAGCACCAACCCAGUGAAGCCAUCGGCAAGUUUGGUGAAAGGGAUUUGCUAUCCCGAUGACAACACCUUCCAGACCGCAGCGACAAAGUGGGGUAAAGACCAUGAAGAAAUCGCACGCAAUAAACUUAUGGAAGGUCUAAUAGCUGACCAUGAAGGUGUGGUGAUGAUGGACUGCGGACUGUUCAUCAGCCCUGAAAAACCAUUUCUAGGUGCCUCCCCUGAUGGGAUAGUUUCAUGCCUCUGUUGUGGGAGUGCUUGUGUUGAAAUUAAAUGUCCAUUUAAUAUAAGGUCAGAAUCUAUACAAGAAAACAACUGCAAGUUCUUAGCAAGUGAUGAUGGUAAACUCAGCUUAAAUAAAGCCCAUGCAUAUUACUAUCAAGUGCAGUUACAAAUGGGCAUUACAAAUAAGGACAUGACUUAUUUUGUUGUCUGGACAACUAAGGACAUUUUUGUGGAAAAAAUAGCGUUCAACAGGAUGUUAUUUGAUGAGAUAUGUGCCAAAUCAGAACAGUUUUUUAGGAAUGCUAUUUUGCCAGAGUUAGUUGGCAAGGUUUAUACAACUUUGCAACAUGACACAGUCACUGUUUCAGUACCCAUAGAUAUAGUGAGAUCCCCACUAAAGGAAAAGCAGACCAAUCAGAGUGAACAGUUGUACUGUAUUUGCAACCAAGUGGAGUUUGGAAGGAUGAUUGGCUGUGACAAUAGCACGUGUGCCAUAGAAUGGUUCCAUUAUGGUUGUGUUAAUAUUGAAUCUGCCCCCAAAGGAAAGUGGUACUGCUCUGUGUGUCGAAAGCUGCCAAUGUUUAAGAGGCGUCGAGUUAUGAAGGACUAGUUAGUAAAAGUCUAAGGAUGUACAAAUGUGUUGUGUUCUGAGAAAACUGGGCAUAAUGCUUGUGCGUAAAUUGUCAUUCCAGAUUAGCCUGUGCAUUCUGUACAGGCUAAUCAGGGACGGCAAUUUUCGCUUUUAUGCAAUUUUUCCUUAAUAUGAUGUCUUUUCUUAGAAAAAUCCAGUUUAGGAGGAAAGUGUCGUCCCCGAUACGCCUACUGGACUGCACAGGCUAAUUUGGGACGACACUUUACGCACAUCGUGAAAUGCAGUAUGUCCAGUUUUUUCAGAACACGACACACAUAUGUAGCAACAAGUUUCUACAAUUAAUUUAGAAAUUCAUUUAACUUUCAUUUCUGAAAAUUUGAAAUGUCAUGGUUUUAUAUUUUGUUGCUUGGUUUGUCAAUUUCCAUGCAUUCUUUCAUUGAUACAUUUUAAAAUGCAUUAUAGUACUCGCACUGAUUGACUGUAGAUUAGUAUUCAUUUAAAUGUUACAUCCUGUUACCGUUUGUUGCUGUUGUUGCAAUCAGU